AUGGAGAACAGGACGGAGGUGGCAGCCUUCCUCCUGCUGGGCCUGACCGACGACCCCCACCUGCAGCUGCCCCUCUUCCUCGCCUUCCUGCUCAUCUACGCCAUCACUGUGCUUGGGAACCUGGGCUUGGUCCUGCUGAUCCUGCUGGACCCGCGUCUGCACAGCCCCAUGUACUUCUUCCUUGGGAACCUGGCGCUGGUGGACUUCUGCUCCUCCUCGGUUGUCACUCCCACAGUCAUGACUGGGCUGCUUACAGGAAACAAGGUCAUUUCCUACAAUGCCUGUGCUGCUCAGAUGUUUCUGUUUUCACUCCUCAUUUGCUCAGAAAAUUAUCUCAUGGCUGCCAUGGCCUUUGACCGCUAUGCGGCAGUGUGCAGACCCCUGCACUACACCACCACCAUGACCACGAGUGUGUGCGUAGGACUGGUCUCAGGCUGCUAUGCCUGCUCCUUCCUGAAUGCCUGCAUCCAAACUGGGGACUUAUUCAGUCUCUCCUUCUGUAUGUCCAAUUUAGUCCAUCAUUUUUUCUGUGAUAUGCCAGCACUCAUGGCUCUGUCCUGCUCUGAUAAGCAUAUUACUGAGCUGGUUCUUGUUUAUCUCGUGAGCUUCCAUAUCUUUUUUGCCAUGUUUGUUAUUUCAACAUCCUACGUCUUCAUUUUUGUCACCAUCCUGAGGAUGCACUCGGCUGUAGGACAUCGCAAGGCUCUGUCCACCUGUGCCUCCCACUUCACUGCCGUCUCCAUCUUCUACGGCACUAAUAUCUUCAUGUACUUACGGCCCACCGCCAGUCAUUCCAUGGACCAUGAUAAAAUCUCCUCUGUGUUCUACACUAUCAUCAUCCCCAUGCUCAAUCCCGUGGUCUACAGCCUGAGGAACAAAGAGGUCAAGAACGCGUUCUUAAAAGUCAAGCAUAUGUUUAUCUUGUCAAAGCCAAGUAAGAUAUAG